UGAUUAACAGUUGAACGGACCUAGAGGAUCGUUCUUAUUAGUAGGGUUUGCCCUGAUGGGAUGGUGUGAUAAACCAUAUUGAAAAAAUGAAAAAUAGGAUGUGAAUUGAUAAAAUGGAGGAUUGAAAUUGAUAUAAGAAAAACUGUGUCGGUACAACUUUUUGAAAUGAUAUGUUGGUUUAGGAGGGGGAGGCACGUGCUGUAAACAGUUGAUAUACAUCAUUUUCUAAAUCUUAACAAAGUUAAUAAUUUGGGCUCCAAACACGACAAAAUUUUCUUCAUCACCCUUAAUUACAUUAAGUUCUAUUUUUCUCUUUCAAUAAAUUAAAAUGAAAAUACGAUAAAUAAUUAGAGAACAGAAAUGUCUGGAUUGAUUAGCUGUGAAAAGUGUCUUCCCCAUACUUCCCCACAAAUCAAAUAUUAUGUUGUGCUUGGAUCUCCAUUCUAAAUAUUUAAUAAUUUAAUGUGAUUAAAAUAUAUUUAUUUUUAUUUUUUUAAAAAUAAAAAUAGGAAGAAAAUUCGAAACACCACUAAUGUCUAAUAAUGAUAUUAAUAAUAGUAGCUAAGAAGAUAAGAAAUUAAGGUUGUAUUUGUUGUUUGAAUUAAUAUUUCUGGAGCAGAAGAAAAUGUCAAAAGAUUGAGUGACUUUUUCAUGAUUGUUAGGUAAUUUGCUAUGGUUUUAGUGACCAACUUAAGACAGUUUUGAUUGCUGAAUUAAAAGGACAACAUGGAAAGAAAGUUAAAAAGACAUUACACUCAUUAAUUUUCAAAUUGAUUGACUGACAUUACAUAUUCUUCAUUUGUCAUUUUCAAUCUAAUUUGUCAUAUUGGCCACUUUCUCAAAUAAAAAUAUUAUCUCCAAAAAUGGGUUUUCUUCUACUACUGUAAUAAUAAACAAUUGAGUUUCUAUUUUCUCAAAAAAAAUCAUAUUAUCUGAGAGAGAGAGUGUGUGUGUUUUUUGUUUAUUUAAUUCUUGAGUUCAAUAAUGGUAAGAGCGAGAGAUUAGAGCAUUGAUCUUCCGAAGUAUUUUUCUAAUUUAUUGAAGAUAUAAUAAUGUCAGAAAAAAAGCUAUUUCUGAAGGGGAUCCCUAUGAUCAAAGUACUUAGUACUUUAAUAGCUGUUGGAUUGAAUUGGGGACCCAUAUUUCUGUACAUGAAGAGGAAAAAUGUACUUAAACCAAACCUAAAUUCAAUGGGUUGCUAUUUCCACAAAAGACAUUCCAUUCUCAGCUUUCAGGCAAGUCAAUAGACAAGAUCCUUUCUCUCUCUCUCUCUCUCUCUUUCUAUCUCUCCACUACUUCAUAAUCUCCUUAUCUUUCUCCAAAAGUUGAAUUUAGAGACACAGUAUCUAAGAAUCUGAAUUAUGAACUCCAAUCGGAACCACAAUACCACAGCAGAGAAUUUUGCAGAGUACAAGAAGCAAGAAACAGAGAAGUUUAAGGUUGAAGAAAAAGAAACCCAACAACCAAUUCAAGACUCAUCAUCAACAACUUCCCCUCUUCUUCCUUCAGCUUCUUCUUCUCCUUCACAUGAAUUUUCCUUCACAAUUUCUCUCCAUUCUUCCUCUUCUGACAGAAACAAACCAACUCCACCUUCCUUUGCCAUUGAUUUGUCUCCUGCAGAUGAUAUCUUCUUCCAUGGCCACUUGCUUCCCCUCCAUCUCCUGUCCCAUCUUCCUUCUUCGCCUCGUUCCUCCACCAAUUCCAUGGACAGUUUCACCAUCCCAAUCAAAGAGAUAUGGGACAAUGAAGAGCCCCUCAAGGACAGCUCAAGUUGUAGCACCAGCAGCGUCAAGAAUCUGGAAACUGAACCUACUGAAACAGGUGGGAGAACCAAAUCCAAGCCUUUCUCGUUGUUUGGAUUUUCGAGAUGGCGAAAAGGAUGCGAGAUUACCGAGCAAGACGAUAAAGCAAAGCACAAGAGGAAGUUGGGGUUUGAUGUUAGUCAGGUUCUAAAACGAUAUGCAAGAGUGGUUAGGCCAUUGUUGUUCUUCAGAUGGAGGAAAGAGAACCUGCAUAUUCGUCGUCAAGCUUAUUCAUUUUCGGGCAAUUUGAAUCCUCGAAACAAGCAAGAAUUGAGAGGAAGAAGAGGAGAAUUCUCAGCACCAGCAUCCAUGAGAACAUCCCCGACAAAUAGCGGCCUUCUCGUUGCGACUCCAUCUAUGAGUUAUGCUACAAGUGAUAGCACCAUGGAAGAGUUGCAAUCUGCAAUUCAAGCUGCGAUUGCUCACUGUAAGAACUCCAUUGCUAAAGAAGAUAAAACCAAUGUCAAGAGUUGAGAUUAACAGUAAAUCUUCUUUUGCUUGCAAACACGGAUUUCUGUAAAAUAUCCACACACAGAGGUGUCAAUCAUUUAAACUGCUUGCAUGGCUUCCAAAAUCUCAGAGAAAUGAAGUUGGUAUUUAAUGUAAAAAGGCCAAUGAUUAAUUGUUCUUAUACACUAUUCUUGAUCGUGAAUUAUAAUAAUUUUAAAAACCUCCUUGGCUUGUGCA